AAGCUGAGGAGGAGGAAAGUCCCAAGCAUCCAUGGUCCAAAGGCUGCGAACCGUGUAUUAUUUAUACUUUAUUUAGCAGGUAUUAUCCAUUUAUAAUGUCACUUCGCAAGGGUUGCCAGGUUUAAUAUGACAUCAACCAGGAAAAGGUGGAGCUUCACGCUCACACGCUGAGAGCCAUGGCAGAAACAAGCCUAGAUGCCUAUAGUGUGGCAACAACACUCCUAAAAAGUGCCGUGGCAGGUUUUGCGUUUGGAGAGGCUGCGUUAAUUACACUUAAGCCUGCACUGAUGGAAGAUGUGGUUCUGCUGAAUGCUGCAGCUCGGGCUGCUGGUCGAGCCAGUUCUACGGGUGUCGGAGUUGUGACCUCGUGCCUCAUGUUCACCUCGGUGCUAAUUUCCCUGGGAAGCGGUUUCCUCUUUGCCGCCGUGGUGAUGAAGCUGUCGGCCAAAGUCGGAGGGAGGUUGCUGUGGUGGGCAGAGGCCACAGCAGGAGCCUCUGUUGUGGUGGGUGCUGUCACUACUGGAGUGUUAGUGGGCAUCCUUCCACCGUGGAUCUACUUUGCAGGCCAAGCUAUUCUCGUCCUCGCCGUCUACUCAUGCUCUAAUAUCAACGACAUGACCACAGCUCUAUUAAUUAUCUUCACCACUCUGUAUCUCAGUGUCACAUACGGAAGGAUGGGUGUUUUAGUUGGACUCUUUUUUAUGGGAUUGACUAUCAGUGCCCUCUGUGCUCUACGGAAAGCCCUGACAGAGAGGAUGGCACAUAGACCAAAAGCUGAAACAAGGUGCCAGCUGUUAGAGAGGAUAGUCUUCUACUGUGUUUUUGUGGGGAUACUGGGGUUUUCAGUGGGUUUAGUAGCAGGUGAGGCAAACGAUGGGUCAGAGGCAGAGGUGGUAUUGAUGCUGCAGUCAGUCCUCUGGGUGGUAUUUCUCUCUGCAGGGCUACUAGGAGGUGGACUGGGAACAGUGGCCAUGGUUGGAGUGGGAACAGAAGUGGCUGGAAAGGUUGCCAUGGGAGCUGCUAUAAUAUCAUCUGUGUCUUUGAGAAUUAUCCUCCAGUCGAGCUCUACCCUUGAGGCCCGUGGCAACAUAGGGGGAACUUUAGGAGCAGCAGCAGCAGCGGGGGUGUCACUCGGAGCUGCAAGUGUCGCAGCAAAGCAGUCAUUUGGGUCAAGGCGAUCCACGUUACUAGUUUUAUGUGCUGUUGUUGUUGGUGUGAUACUGGCCGUGCAAGGUGUAGCACUGAAGGCAACUCCACUGACAACAUGUGAACUUCUGACCGUCACUUUUGUUGCAGUAGGGACAUUUGUUCUGGGCGCACCAAAGAGCCCAUUCCACACUCAUGUGAAUCUUCAAAGGGGUCUUCUCACGGGGCCAGAUCUAAUAAAAGCGAUCGGCAUGGAGACUGUCACCGCAGCAGCAGCACCUAUUGGAGCCGGGGCACUUGGGGCUGCAGUGUUAGGCACCGCAGCCCUGGGGAGACUGGGGAGUGUGGGAGUUCUGGUGGCUAUACUGUUGGCGUGUGGAAGCACUCUGAGUGGCAGGAUAGGAAAAUCACAACCAACAGCAAGUGCUCACAGAGACUGACGGACAUUUUACAUCCUUCUCUCCUGGUCAUUACAUUUAUGAAUGCAGGAAAAUUUUAUUUUUAUUUUUUGCAAACCCUAUUUUCCCUAUGUUGAUGCCAUUCUUACAUCAUACAGCUUCUUUUUUUUUUCUUCUCAAAAUAGAGUAAAACUAUUUUGCUGAAUUCACCAAUACAAUAAUGUAUGGUUUCUCUAUGUUCAUUACACACAGUAAUGUGUCCGGUAUGUUAUCAUCAAAACUGUGACUGUGUUGUUUUCAUCAUCCAAAUCCUUCCUUCAUGCUUCUGACUUUCCCUCUGAUGAACACUGGGAACAGAAAAUGAAUAAAUCACUAAAAGACAAAAUAAUAAGUAAACAAAAAGUGAUGACUAUCGCUUUAAUUAGAUUAAAUUGAGCCAAUUAUCGGAUGCACUUAUUAAUCACAAUCCACAGUUUCAUAAAUAUGUGUUAAUGUGUUGAAUAAACAUGAAUAAACAACACAGAUACAUUGA